AUGCCCAGUACAAUCAGUUCGUUUCAUCCUUUCCCGCAGCUUCCCAUUGAGCUUCGACUUGCCAUCUGGGAGAUUGUACUUGAGAACGAAGCUGCAAAGCGGGUAACAGUAUGCUUUGGUCGCCGCACCAUAGCUAACUCCGUCUACCUCCUCCCGACCAGCCAGUACUGCUCCUCGAUUCUCAGCGCAUCGAAGGAGAGCCGUAUAUGCGCCCUCGAAUGGUAUAAUGUCAAGGUGGAAGUAAUAUGCAAUGAGGCACCAGACCGUCGUGGCAUAGCAUACCUCCGUAUGGACCGGGAGCUCAUAGUCCUAUGCGAGUACAUCCCCUGGACCCGAAACCGCUACAUAGGUCGACUUUCGCAAGAGGACACAGCCAAGGCACGAAUCGUCUUACGGAUCGCCGAGUGGCAUCACAAGACGAAACGGCCGUACGGGCCGAACCGGGAUAAUAUUGCCCUUUUCCCUUCUCUUGAAUGCCUCAUUGUAAUGCUACAGCCGACAUGCCGUGUGCUGGAGGCGUUCAUUGCAGACGUAGAGCAGAUGGGCCGAGAUAAUGCAUUGUUGGCCCGGCAAGAAUACUUUAUGAUACUCGACCCCCAGGAGGACUCUACCCGGGGGUGUACCAGGGCAGUUGAGGAGUUUGGGGAUUGA